GAGCAUGCCAAGCCCUCUUUCCGAGUCAGACGCACGCCCUGGCUCUGCCCGCGCCUCCCAUUGACCAAACUCUCUACAUAUACGGCUCUGGCUCUCCCAGCUCUCCUCUACGUUGAGGCAAAACGGUAAACGUCCUUGGGCCUUUGAUACCUGAAGAUGCGGAUGAUGACCGUUUAAUCUUUGCUGGAAGUGAUCUCACCCGCUCAAAUUUUGUUCGUGGAUUCAGUCUCCCCCGGACUUUCCGCUCUGGAAGUGGUACAAAGUUUCUUCAAUCCUUCAGACGCCACGAAGCGCUCGACGAGCGUCAGAGUUUUGCAGCAGCAGCGGUUCUCACCGUGGUGGCGCAAGCCUGGGUCAAGGGCUCAGUGUUUCGGAAGCUCGCCCCUGUGAUAACUGCGGCAGUGGUCCCAGUCUCCCCUAGUCGCCCGACAUCCUCGAACAAAGAUGAGCAGCGAAGAAGACAGCUCCCUCGAGGUUGAAAUCGAGGCUUUGAAGGCUAUUUAUAUUCACGAACUGCAGGUCACCUACAAUGACCGCGAUCGGCCAACGUCCCUUCGAGUGUCCUUGCAUCCGGCAACAGCGGACAACGCCGAAGAGCAGUAUGUUCGCCUGGAGCUCGUCCUGAGCCUUCUGCCAGAGUACCCCAAUGCCCUGCCGGAGGUGGCCAUCCGGAACCCACGGGGCCUGUCAGACGAGAAGAUAGAGCGCAUCCGCCGCGACGUCCAGGAGACUGCUCGGGAGAAUGCGGGCGGCCCCAUGCUCUACCAGCUCAUUGAGGUUGCCAAGGACCACCUGACUGAGGAGAAUGUGCCGUGCUGCCAGUGCACCAUCUGCCUGUACGGCUUUGCCGAGGGGGACGUGUUCACUAAGACCCAGUGCUACCACUACUUCCACUCACACUGUCUGGGCCGCUACGUGAGCCACGCCCUGGGGCAGAUGGCCAGGGAGCAUGAGGCCAAGCUCAGCCCCGCACACGAAAAGCCGGAGUCGCCAGACAAGGUGGGCUGCCCGGUGUGCCGCCUGCCGCUGUCCCUGUCGGAGAUCUCCGGGGGCCAGGACCACCCUCCCCCGAGGGAGCAGGCCCGCCAGCCCGAGUUCAGCCUCAGCCCGGCCCUGGAGCAGCUGCAGAGGGACAUGGCCAGCCUCUUCCGCAGGCAGCAGACCAAGGGCGGCAUCAUCAACAUGGACGCCGAGAAGAACAAGUUCCUCCUCGACAUCUCGGCGGCUCCGGAGGGAAGUGGCACUUUAGCCGAAAUCCCGAAGCGAUUUGUCGGAGGUCCCUUCAAGUUUCGGACUCUGCGAAACGCCACAACAAGGCCUGCCGCAGUGGCCAUUCCCACCACAAAACUCGGUGGCUGCGCCGGCCCACCGCCGACAGAUGACGUGGACAGGAAACAAGCACAGAACUUGGGACCGUCCGUGAGAAACAGGCACCGGAAGUUUAGGGAGACCCCGCACAACUCCGGCCCCGGCCUCGGCGACUCAGAGGAAGUGGACGGCUCCGCGGCCGAAGUCCAACGGCCAUGGAGGCCGGACCGGCAGCCGGUCGGGAGACGUGCCUACUUCUCCAACGGAAGGGGAGGCCAGCACAGGACCAGACCCAGGCCAGAGCAGAGGCCCAAGCGAGAGGACUGCGCCCCCGUCGGCGACCGCACGUCUGUUGCGCCGGACGAAGCUCCUCCUCGGGACGGAAGGGCAGAAGGGCCGGGCACACACCGGCAGUCAGAGGCAACCUCGAGCUCCACGGAGGAGCAGUCCGAGCCUUGGAAUGGCGUGAGCCGUCCUCGCGGGGGACGUCGCCACGGUGGAAGGGGCGGCUGGGCCCUGGGGAAGAGGCAGCAGCAGAACCUGCGAAGCCAGGCGCCCCCGGGGAUCGUCUCCGGGACGGAAGACAGAUGACGAUGGAGGAAGCCUCGCCGCCCGCCAGACCACCCCUGGAUUGCGGCGGAGGGACGCCGACUGGCCGGCCGCCGGUCGUGUCCGUUCGAUGUUGUUGCCGUUUUGAGGACGUUAGCGGUAGAGCUAUUUAUUGCAGUUCGAAUUCAAGCCUCCCCGUCUGCACCGACCCACGUGUACAGACGGCCUCCCACUUGCUCCAGCUGCGACAGAAAAAUAGUGCUCUGCAGAACUUUGGGCACCGGUCUUUUAUGGAGUGCGGCAUUCCUGUGUUUGGUUUUAAAUUGAAUAUUAAAAGUAGGUUUAAGGACUA